AUGCUUGAUUCUAUGCCUCGAGAUACUAGAAAGAAAAUUAUUUCUACAAAGGAAAUGCUAGCUAUCAUGAAUGAUAUGGGAAAGAGAAUUUUAGAUGCUGGGGACUACGACCUCCAGGUUGCCAUUACUGAAGCUUUAUGCAGAAUGACUUCAGAAAAGCAAAGAGGGGAAUUGGCAAGCCAGUGGUUUUCAAUGGAGUUUGUUACUGAUGCAUUUAAAGGAAUUAAGGAUUUUGAGUUUGAAACUGAUUGCAGAAAGUUCCUUAACAAGGUGAAUGGCAUGCUUGGAGACAAGAGAAGGGUUUUUACCUAUCCUUGUUUAUCAGCCAACCUGGAUAAACAUGAGCUGCAGAUACCAGCUGAUGAGAAUCUUGAAGAAUUUUGGAUUGAUUUUAAUAUUGGUAGCAAAAGUGUAUCCUUCUACAUUGCUGCAGAUGAUGAAGUACGUUAA